AUGUACGCGACAUCCACUUACGUACAGGUGAUUGAGGCCAAGACACCUCAACUCAUGCUUUCCGUCGAGGGAGAGGACGGACGUGUUGACCCGAGUAUUAUGCGGGACGAUCGCGCUCCCUUACCGCCCCCCAAAUCAGAGGAUGGCUCAAAAAUCGAUCAUGGGGGAUAUCAAGCGGCUGCCCUCGCCUUCCAGAAAAAAGUGGCCCAAGGACAAGCGGGUCAAUCCAGCACCAAUACGAGUAGCGUGCCUCCCCUGAUGGACUUUCAAGACGAAGAUCUAGAUUGGGACUAG